UUGUGCGGGGCCAUUUUUGGGGCAGUAAGAUCGAGCGAGGAGCCCAAGAGCGAGCGCGCAGCGCCCGAGAGCUCGAGCCGCCUCCGCCGCGCGAGACCCCAGCCCGGCCGCCGCCGCCGCCGCCGCCUGCGCCGCGAGAUCCGCACCGGCCUCCCCGAGAGCGAGCCCGGCCGCCGCGACCACCAGCCGCGCUAACCGCCGACCAACCGCCACCGAGGUGCCCGAGUGAGAGCCAAGGAGGCGGCAUGAGCGAGGCGGGCGAGGCCACCACCACCACCACCACCACCACCACCACCACCGCCCUCCCGCAGGCUCCGGCGGAGGCGGCCGCCGCGGUCCCCCAAGACCCCGCGCCCAAGAGCCCGGUGGGCGGCGGCGCGCCCCAGGCCGCGGCCACGGCGCCCGCGGUGCUCGUCGCGGGAAACCCGGGUGGCGACGCGACCCCCGCACCCACGGGCCCCGCGGCCCCCGCCUCUUCAGCCCCCACCGGCAACGAGGACGCGGAGAAAAAAGUUCUCGCCACCAAAGUCCUUGGCACUGUCAAAUGGUUCAACGUCAGAAAUGGAUAUGGGUUUAUAAAUCGAAAUGACACCAAAGAAGAUGUAUUUGUGCAUCAGACUGCCAUCAAGAAGAAUAACCCACGAAAAUACCUGCGCAGUGUAGGAGAUGGAGAAACUGUAGAGUUUGAUGUGGUCGAAGGAGAGAAGGGUGCCGAAGCAGCCAAUGUGACUGGCCCAGAUGGAGUUCCUGUAGAAGGGAGCCGUUAUGCUGCUGAUCGGCGCCGUUACAGACGCGGUUACUAUGGCAGACGCCGUGGACCUCCCCGUAAUUACGCUGGGGAGGAGGAGGAGGAAGGGAGCGGCAGCAGUGAAGGAUUUGACCCCCCUGCCACUGACGGGCAGUUCUCUGGGGCCAGGAGUCAGCUGCGCCGCCCCCAGUAUCGCCCUCAGUACCGGCGGCGGUUCCCGCCUUACCACGUGGGACAGACCUUUGACCGUCGCUCACGGGUCUAUCCCCAUCCCAACAGAAUGCAGGCUGGUGAGAUUGGAGAGAUCAAGGAUGGCGUCCCAGAGGGAGCUCAACUUCAGGGACCGGUUCAUCGAAAUCCAACUUACCGUCCAAGGUACCGUAGAGGACCUCCUCGCCCACGACCUGCCCCCGCUGUGGGAGAAGCUGAAGAUAAAGAGAAUCAACAGGCGGCCAACGGUCCAAACCAGCCAUCCGUUCGCCGCGGAUACCGGCGCCCGUACAACUACCGGCGCCGUCCCCGUCCUCCUAACGCUCCUUCACAAGACGGCAAAGAGACCAAGGCAGGUGACGUGCCAUCCGAGAACCCUGCUCCGGCCACCGAGCAGAGCAGUGCUGAGUAACAUCAGGCUCCCCAGGCACCUUCCCCAUCACUAGGUGACCUAAAGAAUUAAUGACCAUUCAAAAAACGAAACAAAAAGCAGACACGACCUUACCAACACCAAAGAAACAUCCAAGCAAUAAAGUGGAAGACUAAUAACCAAGAUGUGGACAUUGGAAUGUUUACGAUUAUUCUUUACGAAACAAGUACAAAACGAGAAUGUCAGCCAAUGUUUCCAGCAAUUUUUCUGGAAUGCCUGCACAGAAGACAAGAGAGCAACCUCCCCAGUUUCGGCAACCACUAGGUUUAUAUUUUUUUCCUGGUUUUUACUGUUUUGGUAAUAUGAAUUGAAAGAAGAAAUAUUAAUACCACAUGGGGAGAACCCCAACCAAAGAAAUCUGAAAUAUAUAGUAAAUGCUUUUUUGUUCCCUUUUCUAGUUCAUUUUGGAUGCUGGUGCUAAACUUCCAAGUGUCGUGAUUUAAAAAGAAAUUUUAUGCUCUUCUUAUUUAUUUCUAGAUGAGGGGAGGAUAACAUUUUUGCUUUCUUAUGCGACUCUCUGAAAAUGUGCAGCAUGAAGUUCCUCAAAAAAUAAAAUUUUUACCCUUGAAAGGAGAAGGUGUAUAACUGGA